AUGGCGGACGCUCCGGCGAGCCCCGGGGGCGGCGGCGGGAGCCACGAGAGCGGGAGCCCCAGGGGCGGCGGAGGUGGAGGCGGUGGCAGCGUCAGGGAGCAGGACAGGUUCCUGCCCAUCGCCAACAUAAGUCGCAUCAUGAAGAAGGCUAUCCCGGCUAACGGGAAGAUCGCCAAGGACGCCAAGGAGACCGUGCAGGAGUGCGUCUCCGAGUUCAUCUCCUUCAUCACUAGCGAAGCGAGUGAGAAGUGCCAGAGGGAGAAGCGGAAGACCAUCAACGGCGACGACCUGCUGUGGGCCAUGGCCACGUUGGGGUUUGAGGACUACAUUGAACCCCUCAAGGUGUACCUGCAGAAGUACAGAGAGGGUGAUAGUAAGUUAACUGCAAAAACCAGCGAUGGCUCAAUUAAAAAGGAUGCCCUUGGUCAUGUGGGAGGAAGUAGCUCAGCUGCACAAGGGAUGGGCCAACAAGGAGCAUACAACCAAGGAAUGGGUUAUAUGCAACCUCAGAUUAGCACCCUUAAUUUUAUCGCAGAUGUGCAAAUCAGUUCACAUGUUCCAUUUGCCUAG